UCGAGUUUAUACCCCCACCCCAAGGAUAUUCGUGGAACGGUGCUACUGUGAUUCCAGUUGUUUUCACAUCCCCUGACUAACAAAGAGACUCAGAGCUGCCGUCUCUUACAUCUACGAAUAAAUGUGGAGAGUGAUGCGCAAGUAACGACUGGCGCUCCUGUACACCGAGGCGAGAACGAAGACGUCAAAAGAGAAGUAAAGACCAGAAGCACACUUUGCUCUUAGGAAGAGAAGUUAGGAGAGAGUUUCAAAAGCUUCAGAUAGACUUGAUUGAACAGAAAGAGCGAAAAUGGUGUCCGCCGGACUUGAGAUCCUGGGACUAUCGCUGUGCGUAAUUGGCUCACUACUGGUGAUGGUUUCGUGCGGGCUGCCCAUGUGGAAGGUGACGGCUUUCAUCGAAGCCAACAUCGUGGUGGCUCAGACGAUCUGGGACGGCUUGUGGAUGUCGUGUGUGGUGCAGAGUACGGGGCAGAUGCAGUGCAAGGUGCACGACUCCGUCCUCGCCCUUACCCACGACCUACAAGCAGCCAGGGCGCUCACUAUCAUCUCCUCAGUCAUGGGCGUGCUGGGGCUCAUGGUUGUCAUUGCGGGGGCGCAGUGCACCAACUGCAUCCGCGCCGAGUACGUCAAAGCCCGGGUGGUGAACUCCGGAGGGGUGAUCUACAUCAUCAGUGGUCUUUUUGUGCUGGUGCCUCUCUGUUGGAUGGCCAACAACAUCAUAUCGGACUUCUACAACCCGCAGGUGCCCGCAUCCAAGAAGAGGGAGAUCGGCGCUGCGCUCUACAUCGGCUGGGCGGCCUCGGCGCUGCUGCUGAUCGGAGGAGCCCUGCUGUGCUGCUCCUGUCCCUCCAGCGGGAACUCUGGAUACUCGGUAAAAUAUUCUCCGACCAAGAGAGCUACGCAGAACGGGGACUAUGACAAGAGGAAUUACGUCUAGCAAUGUGGCUCAUAGCAGGUGAUGCGUAAAAGUGACAUGCAGCUUUUGAAAACGGUUUUGUUUUUUGACGAACUUUUUGCACCUGCAGUCUUUUUUGUUGUUGUUGUUUUUUGUUUUUUUCCUCAAUAGAAAUCUGAACUUUGAAAAUCAAAGGAAGCACCUCCUCUGUUUCUACACCGGCUCUCCAACACGCUCGGACCACAAAUUCACAAAUCCUUUUUUUGUAUCUACGGGAAAUCAAAAAUGUCUAUCAACGACAAGAGGUAGCUCACGACAAAAAGGAGUAUCUUUGUUAGGUACCUGCUUUUGUAAGUCUUCGAAAUUAUUAGUAUUUUGAAAUGUUUACCAUUGUAACUGCAAAGUUGUUCUUUUCUAGAGGGACUCUUGCCAUCGAGUAUGUAGGCUAUACACUGCUCCUUUGCCUUGAUGUGCAUUGUCAGCACAAACUUGUACAGUAACUGAGAUUAUUGCACUCCCACUCAUUCAAAGACCCAUUUCCUUUAGUCGAUCUAUGCCAGCACAUUGAGGACUCCAAGAAAAACUCCUAAAGUGUAUGUUAAAGCCCUAAUAAAUCUCGGACAGGCUUUUGUGUUGUUCAGAAGUUGAUGGAUGAGGCUUUGGAGUUUGCAGUCUAAUUCUGGAACUGUUAGGUCUGGAGAGCCUGGGAUCUACAGUCACAACAUGAAAUGUUACAGUCCAGUUAUUCGACUGCACUGAUGUCCUGCAACGUUUUUUCCCCCAUCAUUGUCGCUACAGGAAGUCUUUUCUAAACUUUCUAGGAACAAACUCUGUUUUCUUGUUUUGGUUUGCUGGCGUUUGAUGCAAUGAUUCAUUAUUCAUGUAUAUGAAGAUGCAAUAUUGUUCAAUUGUAUUAAGAUUAAACUGAAUAUAUUGUCUGAAAUCUUUA